CGAGAGGAUGGCGGACCAGAACAGGCAAAUCAAACUCGCUGCAGCCAAGAAAAAGCUGAAGGAGUUUCAACAGAAGACAACCCCAUCCACAGGAAGUGCUGGACCAAAGAAGAAGAGGAAGGUUAAAGCAGGCGAUCAGCUGGACGCAGCUGCGGACAGACACUCGCCGGACAAUGUGAGUCAGAUUGAGAAUAUUCUCAAAGUUAUGGUGUCUGAUCUUAGUCUGACUAAUGGAGUGUCUCGGCCUCCAUUUGUCAACAACAGUCAGGAUGAUGUGGAUGCGGUGGACCGGGUCUCGCAGGAGCUGGAGGAGACCAGCGCUGAACCCGUCUCUAACCCUGCUUCUGCUAUUAACUCUGAUAACCCUGGCCUGCAGCAGAAGUACACAGGAGAUGCAAACGGCGAUGAACAUCCUCUGGAAGAUAACAGGCCGCUGUCGUCCACCGAGAGCCUGAGACAGAUUUCCCAGCAGCUCAAUGGACUGCUGUCUGACUCAACAACAUACAUCAAUGGAGACAGCGGUCCGCCGACGGUCAGCGAGAAGGAACUGGAGACGCGCAACCAGGAGCUGGCAGUGGCUCUGGACUCCAGCGCGCUCACAAACACUCAGCUCUCGUCCAAACUCGAGACACUGACGAAGCAGUCUCAGGAGCUUUCUGAUCAACUGCAGAAGGAGCGGAAAGAGUUUGAGCAGAAGUUCACUAAGGAGCAAGGAGCGAUGCGUGAACAGCUACAGGUUCACAUUCAGACCAUCGGCAUCCUGGUGUCUGAGAAAUCAGAGCUACAGACGGCCCUGUCUUACACACAGCAGGCAGCGCGACACAAGACAGCAGAGGCAGAAGAUCUGAGCUCGCGGCUGCAGGCCAGUAAACGGCGAGUGUCUGAGCUAGAGAGGACGCUAUCUUCAGUCUCCACACAACAGAAGCAGUUUGAGAAGCAUAAUAGAGAGCUUGAGAAGGAGCGAGACAGUCUACGAUUAGAGGUCCUCAGGUUUAGUAAUGUGAGCGAGGAGUCCAGACAGCAGAGCUCAGAGCUGUCCGAGCAUCUCAAGCUGAGAGUAAAUGAGAACAACGGCUUGAAGCAGGAGGUUGAUGAGCUCCGUAAGCGGCUGGAGAUGGCCGACAGCAUGCUGCAGCAGUUCUCCAGUCAGGCGGGUUCUCCGUCUGAGCACCAGCAGGUUCAGCUCCUCCUGGAAGAAAAGCACCAGAUAGAGGCUCACGCGGCUCAGCUGAUGGAGUCGGUGGCUCAGCUGCAGGUGGAGAGAGAUCAGUACGCUGGACAGAUACAGGAGGAGGGACACGUGUGGAAGGACAAAACAGAACAGCUUCUGUCUCAGGUAAACAAACACACUCACAUACAAUAUUGCAAAAACAAAUUGUUGCAAUAUAUAACACAAAAAGCUCUGAUGAGUAAAGAGCAGGAGCCGCAGGCCGUGUCACAGGCCUCAGGCCCUUCAGAAAGUGAACUGGCCCUUCAGGAAACCAUCAGCAGCCUUCAGCAGGAGAGAGACGCUCUCAGUCUGCAGUACCAAGCACAGGUGACCUACACUGACCAUGUGACGCAUGCUUUGUGUCACGCAUUUUAG